UCUAGUGCGGCACUGCGCAGUAAGAUAAGAGGCCGAAAACGAACAGGGGAAGGCGGGGAAGAGCCAGAGGAGCAAGCAAGAGAGCUCUCUCAAUGGGUAGUCUUCCACUCACUGAUUUGAACUGCAUUCCUCAUCUCAAACCCUGCCUUUGUUCUUGCAUUUCCUCCUCCACACACGUAAGAAGCCAUCGAGCACCGCGCCAUCGAUUCCUCCUCAAGGCGUGCUCCUCUUCGGACUCCGAUUUUUCCUCCUCUGAGACCCGCAGAAAGUUCAUGACCUAUUCUGCCGCCAUUACCCUCUCCCUCUCCCCAAUCCCCUGCAUCCAACAACCGGCGAAGUCUGAAGAGCCUGCGCUUUCCGAGUGGGAGCGGGUCUACCUCCCCAUCGACCCCGGAGUAGUCCUCCUCGACGUUGCCUUUGUACCGGAUGACCUAAACCACGGUUUUCUGUUGGGGACCAGGCAAACUAUAUUGGAGACCAAAGAUGGUGGCAGCACUUGGUUUCCACGCUCCAUACCCUCAGCAGAAGAUGAAGAUUUUAAUUACAGAUUCAAUUCAAUAAGCUUCAGAGAGAAAGAAGGUUGGAUAGUUGGAAAACCUGCCAUCUUACUUUACACAUCAGAUGCUGGAGAAAGUUGGGAAAGAAUACCACUCAGUUCCCAACUUCCUGGAGAUAUGGUUUACAUCAAAGCAACUGGCGAGAAAAGUGCUGAGAUGGUUACAGAUCAAGGUGCAAUCUACACCACCUCAAAUCGUGGGUACAAUUGGAGAGCAGCUGUACAGGAGACUGUAUCUGCUACUCUUAACAGAACAGUUUCCAGUGGGAUUAGUGGUGCUAGCUACUAUACAGGGACAUUUAACACAGUGACCCGCUCUCCUGAUGGUAGAUAUGUAGCUGUCUCAAGCCGUGGAAACUUUUAUUUGACUUGGGAACCUGGGCAGCCAUAUUGGCAACCACAUAACAGAGCCAUCGCGCGAAGAAUUCAAAAUAUGGGAUGGAGGGCUGAUGGUGGUCUUUGGCUUCUUGUGCGGGGUGGUGGCCUUUAUCUUAGCAAAGGCACAGGGAUCAACGAGGAAUUCGAAGAAGUUCCUGUACAGAGUCGGGGUUUUGGUAUUCUUGAUGUUGGUUAUAGAUCAAAGGAAGAGGCAUGGGCUGCAGGUGGAAGCGGCAUCUUAUUGAGAACAACCAACGGUGGGAAGACUUGGGCACGUGACAAAGCAGCAGAUAACAUUGCGGCAAACUUGUAUUCUGUGAAAUUUAUAGAUGAUAACAAAGGCUUUGUCUUGGGUAAUGAUGGCGUCCUACUUCGAUAUCUUGGGUGAACCAUUAAAAAAUGACUUAUGGGGGAGAAGUUAGCAUUCUUUUGUACUAAAAGCGCCGCUCUACAAGUACCUUUCGACUUGUAAAUUAUGCUCCAUUUGUAGUUUUUUUUUUUCUUGGAUGUCUGAACAUUCAUACAAUACAUAUUUUCCUUGCAUCUCUCUACCAUUACAAUCUUCCUAUUCUUGCUGUCGCAAGACUUUGAAUUUGUAAUUCCUUUUUGUUUC